AGCGGCGGUUGCUGCUCCACAUUUUGGUGAAUCGGAAGCAUCUAUUUCUUUAUCGCACUUUUCCAGCACAUUAAUUAAACGACCCUGGUGUUUGUACAGUAAAGUUGUUAGCUCCUUUACUGCCCCAGGAUCAUGCACCAGCAGCAGUAUACAGAGGAGCGAGGCCUUCUGGGCAAACUGUGUCCUGGGGAGAAGAAGCUGGAGGGAAAGACGUUCUACCUGGACAACGUGAAGAAACGCUCCACAGCACUGCUUUUGGAGGCCAUAACUCUUCUAGGAGGGAGGGUCGAGAGUUUCCUGCACAAGGAUGUGAACUUUGUUGUGACUGGAAGCCAAGAGGGUCUGAAGGAAGAGAGGUGUGUGGUUACCAAAGAUGGGGCAAAGGGGGCGAGUGAAGAAGCCCAACAUCCUGUUAAGUGCCGGGAGAGUGUCCUCAGCAGUGAAAGACAGAGACCAGGAACUCCUCGACCAGUGGCCUGUGGCAGCCGGGGGAAGGCUCUGCUUGAAAGAGCCAUUCGCAAUAAUGAACGACUGCAGUGGAGCAGUGUUUUGGCCAAUGCCCAGUCAUGGGGGGUGAAGAUUUUGUAUGUGGAUGAUGUGCUUUUAUAUCUGAAACAACUGACUCGAGAGAGCUUCAGUGUGAAACACAAGAGGCCGGAGAGGACUUACACCAAACAACAAGGAUCUUCUGUUGUCAAAGCUGCAGCUUUAAGGUCUCCAUAUCUUAAAAUUGAAGAUUCAUGCAGGAAAUACAGGCCCUUGCAUAUGCAGUCAAUGACCUUCCCUUCUCUGUGCUACUUGGGCCGAUUUAGUCCCUUUGAGUCUCCUCCUCCUCGGUUUGAAAAAAAGACAGAGCAAGGAGAAAAUAAAACAAGGGAGAAGAAAAAAGCUGAGAGCAGCAUUCAGGACAAAUCCCAAACACCACUCAAUUGUAACCCUUCACCGUGGCGGCCACGCAAAAAGGACACGUCAUACUGUGAAUGCUGUCAUCAACCUUUCACUAAUCUGGAGGAGCACUUGCAGUCUGAUCAGCACCGGAUGUUUGUGCUGGAUCCCUCCAACUACAGUGUGGUGGAUCAGCUCGUGGCUGAAAUGCUCCCAGGAUUCAACCCCAAUCCAUCUCAACAGUCAGAAGAAACCUUGGACAGACCACCAACUCCUUUGCCCAUCCAGGACGUCUGUGAACUGGAGCCUCUCACUGAUGUUGAGGCGGAGCGUGCUGUUCAGGCCCUGCAUAGACAAAGUUCAUCAUUCAAUACUCACAUCUCCAGCCCGAUUAAGGGUCCUCUCUCCAUUGGUCCUACCAGCCCAUCACCAGGAGUUCAGUUUCCCAUCCCAAAUCCUGCCCCACCACCUGCUGACAUCCGGUCUUUCACUCCCACAGAGUGCCCUGAUAUCCAGCCUCGUGCUUCAAGCCCAGCCAUGCCUGUACUGGAUAUUGAACCAGAAGCUCACACCUCAGCCAUUCAGCUGCUGUCCCCAUGCCCUGAACCCCCAUGUCCAUCCCCCAGCCCUUACUCAGUGCCCCCAACCCUCAGCCCACAAGUCCCGUAUUCCUCCUACAUUAUGGAGCCGCACAGCCCGUACUCAGAGCCCCCUGUCCUCAGUCCUCAAUGGUGCACUGCAGAGGAAGCCGAAGGAGUUGUUUGUGAAAUGGACACUGCAGAGUGUUUGUCCGAGUUUGUCUCUACUGUCACACUUCCUGUCUCCAUCCCACUUCUUCCCACUGUGCCUAUGACAAAUGCAGAAGAAAUGAAGGGAUCAAACCAAGACAGUUGUUUAGUAUUAACUGGGUUUGUAUGUUCCAGCACUGGUUUGGAGUGUGAUACACUGACGUCAUGUAGAUCCCAAUCCCUGCCUCGGCAGUCAGCUGUGGCGCCAAACUCCAAAAAACGCUGCCGGUCAGCGAGCCCUGAACACAACCACAGCAAAAGGAGGAGGAUUACAGUGAAAUUUGGCUACAGUUGUACAUGGCCUGAACAAGGACAUAAAUCUACAAACCCAGAAAGUGACAUUAUGGCAAAGCCUGAGGACUGUUUAAUAUUUGACAAGACCUCUUGUCAGAUGAUACAGAGCUGUUCUCACCAAAAGAGCUCUCCGAAAUGUACUGUGGAAACACUUGAUUCAAAACGGGCUUUGACCACAUUUUGUGUUCCCACUGUACAGAAUUUCACAUGGUCAUCAAGUCAAAUGAACAUUCUGGGUCAUGGCAGCACCUCUGUGUCUACUCCCACAAAAGCACAGACUUUUGAUCCUCCACUUCAGUUCCCCAAUGAUAAAUCUCAGAGUGCGCUUUCCAGCCAAGACUCUCAGCGUUCACUUUCCCACUCUACCUCGGUGUGCAUCGAGUCAGCCCUCAUCCCGGACUUUGCCACGCUCUCUCCAUCAUCAUCAGACUCUGACUGGGACUGUGACCUGCUAUCACGGCUGGUCCCGACCUCAGCCACUCCUCUGCUGCCCACUGAGCAGAGCUGUGAGCUCGACAAGGAUCUGCUCCACAGGCCGUGCACCUGGAUGCACGACAGCAGCUAUGAGUCACGUCUGCACACUGUCCUUCAGCCGUCAGCCCCAGCGACCUCGCUGUGUGGGGAGGAAAUGGACCCCUCUGUGUUUUCCAGGACUGUGGUACAGAUUGUUGAGGUUCAGCACUGAUGAUUAUUUUCUUGAUCGUUUACAAAAACUGGAAUAACCACUACUGGAAGAUGCAUAAGGCACCUGGAGUAGUAAGUCUUCCACUUUGCAGCUGCAUAUCCCACCUUAAGAAACGAUGUGCAGCAGUUAAGCUCUUUAAUAUAAGUCACUGAAGUGUACACUGAAUAAAUAUUUAAAACCUAGUGCAAAUUUGCACUAUGCACAUUUUUAUGCUUUGCUGACAAAGGUGCUUAGUGGAUGCUGCAUCUUCCCAUGAAUUUAAAGAGCAUCCAUGAUCAUUUUUACUCUCACCCGCUAAUUCUCCUUGAGCACAGAACCUCAGCUAUAUUCUGUAUGUUGUGCUGACUGUGGUCUCUCUGCAGCUAUGUCCGGGAACACAUGGUGGUAUUGAGAAUUUAAUGAGGCUUUUCUGGAGGGGGCAUUACUCAAUUACUGUAAGUGCUGCUCCCUGGAUCAGAUCCCGAUUGUACCGGGGAUGAUGGUCAAACAGGCGAAGCGUUGGUAGAGUGGAGGACUCGCACGACCUGCGAGACAUAUUGUCUGAUUAAUGUCAAACGGAACAGCUUUUCCCGCCUUCUGAGGGUGGGUCAAAGGACUGGCUUUGUCAAGGAGCGACGAGUGCUUUACAGUAGUGCAUGGCAGCUACAGGGCAGGUUUUUAUCUUGUCCCUUUUUGAAAUGUGAAGUCGCUCACUAUUAAUGACUCACCAUAGCUCAUCUUAGUCAAAACCCCAUGUUGCCCAGAGAUCACAGCUUCUUCUGAAUCUAUUACAUGGACAUUUAUAACACAGAUGCUUAGCGCAACAAGCAACACAGUAUGUGGAACUCUAGCAGUUCUCUUAGGA